AUGACGGCCACCAGGGAAAUAUCGCGACCAUCCAACCGCUCGUCUGUCGGUCAAGUCGCCUCCAGCCUGCCGUCGCGACACUCGCAUUCGCACUCGCGCGGCAACUCAAACUCGCUAUCCAGCUCGCUCAACCCCGCCCAUCGCGUCUCGCGCCGGAAAAGCGUCUCCACCACCGCCGCCAGCAAUGCCGCCGCCAUGGGCGACAACGCUCCGCGCCGCACCUCCAAAGCCCACUUCGCCCCCCGUGGCCCCCAAGCCCUGACCGGCUAUCCGUCGAUGCCGAGCAGCCUUCCGAACAAUGGUUCGGGCUUCCAGGGCCCGUCCAGCUACGGCCGGGGUAGCGUGGUGACCGACGGCCCGCCGCUGGCCUCGAUCCCGGACUCGGAGAAGGCCUCCACCAAGUCGCGGAUACGGCGGGCCAGCGAGGGCUCGCGCGUGUCCAAGGAGGGCGGCAAGCGAGCAAGUGGUAGCGAACUUCGAUGUGAAAAAUGUGGGAAAGGGUACAAGCACAGCAGCUGUCUCACAAAGCACCUAUGGGAACACACUCCCGAAUGGGCAAUCACCUCGAAGCUGCUCAUCUCAAAGCAUCAACAAGUUCAACUACUUGAGGCCGCCUCGGUGCUGGUCAACAUGAACCAAGAGGCCGCCGCCGCCGAAGCCGCAAAGGCCGCCGAGAGUGACCACUCGUCGGCUUCCCCUGCAGGGUCCGGCUCGUCAGACUACCGUGAUGAUGGCAUGAGCUCUGCAGAAACCACGCCUCCGCCCCACGACGACGUACCCAUCGGCUCCUAUACCGGCGGCCGUUUCCCCAACAAGCGCUUCUCCAGCAACAGCAGCGCCUACUCACAAUCCUAUCAGUCCAACCAAUCCGUCUUCUCCGAAAGCGCUCCCAACGGAUCCAUCAACUUUUACAGGCAGCAAAGUUACGACGGCCGCCCGACCACGUCGGGCACCUCGGUCACCGCAUACGAGGACGAGGACCAGGCCGAUCUGGCCGCCGCCGUCGGUCUUUUAAGCUGCAGCUACGGCACCCCCCACAGCAAGCCCGUCAUGCUGCCCCCAGACGUGCCGCCGGUCCCUCCGCUGCCGGCACGGUUCGCCAACAGCGUCGAUUCCCGCCCGGGGACGAUUGCUACACCACCGGGCCAACAAGAAUACGCCGCGUCGAUGCGUUCAUCAUACACAUCGCGCCACGGCCACAACGUCGACGAAGAUGUCGACAUGGAGGACGACGACGAUUAUUACGAGAGGCAGCAGCGUUCGCGCGGUCGCAGCGACGAGGAUGAUGAAGGCAUGUUUGGCCGGAUGGAGGAAUAA